AUGCAACUUCGUGAAGAUAAUUUUCGAGGAACUUGGAAGCUAAGGAUUCUUGACUUGCUUUCCAUCGACCUUCCGAGGUUCCCAAAGCAACCACACCGAGACCUGCUUCAUAUACCCUCUUCAUAUACACCUUCCCUGGUCGCGUCUCCUGGCGGUGGUCGGCUGCAGGAAAAGGCUUUGAGCAAUAGGACAGAAUCACUGUGUUUGUUGCACGUUGCUAGUUUAGAGAGGAAGGAGAGGUGUGGCGGCUAUGACUACAAUAGAGUGGUUCUUGACCCUCUGCCAGACUCCCCAGAUUCAACUACAUCAACGCUUCCUAUGUCGAUCCUGCUAAAACCCAAAGCGUACGUCGCGACGCAAGGUCCUCUGGAGAACACCAUCGCCGACUUCUGGAGAAUGGGGUGGCAGGAGAAAACAGACUUAUUGUGA